AUGGAAGCCACAAUCCUUCACAACUGCGAAACAUCGGCUCCCUUCGACGUACGCCGUGGCGUUCGUCAAGGUUGUGUACUGGCACCUACUCUCUUCGGAAUAUUCUUUUCUGUACUCUUGAAGGUUGCUUUUGGAGAUGAUCUACAGGGGAUACACCUGUAUACAAGAGCCGAUGGUCAGAUGUACAAUCUUGCUAGGCUUAAGUCCAAACGACAUAGAAAGGACUUUUUUGUAGAUAGCCUUCUCUUUGCUGAUGACGCUGCUUUCGUCGCUCACAGUGAGUCUCAACUGCAGACCAUCAUGGACAAAUUUCAAAAAGCGUGCGACCUCUUUUCCAUGUCGGUUAAUGCCAAGAAGACCGUCAUACUAGCGCAAGGAUGUUCAGAACAGCCAACUAUCGUGCUUAACGGUGCACCUCUAGAGGUGAUCAGCAAGUUUUGCUACCUUGGCUCGCUUGUGUCGUGCAAUCUUUCGCUUGACGCGGAGAUCGACUCCCGCAUCGGCAAAGCGGCCACAACGUUCGGGAGGCUCCGUACAAGGGCUUGGGACAAUAAACAUCUCACGGGUGGAGAGACUGGUCUGGGCAAGUGGGCGCCGCGCGCGAAGUUACCCGGCGCGAGGUCUUACGCGGCCGCCGUGGCUGAUCACGAACGCGGCAUUCUGUACGUCGUCGGCGGCUGGGCUGGCGGACGCAGUCUUAAGGCUGUGCACAGAUACGACCCAGCCACAGACUCGUGGUCGGACGCCCGACCGCUCACCACGGGGCGGUCACAGUGCUGUGCCGUCUCAUGGCGCGGCUCGCUCUGGGCGCUCGGUGGGUGCGACGCGUGGCGCUGUCUGGCGUCUACUGAACUACUGUCUCUGGAGGACCCUGAGGCUGGAUGGACUCCCGGCCCGAUGCUGCCUUCAGCGCGACGUUCGAUGGGCGGCUGCGCCUGGCGCGGCCGGUUGGUUGUAGCCGGAGGUUCUGAUGGAGCGGCGUCCUUGCGACGCGUGGAUUGGCUGCUACCAGGAGCUGAACCUGCAGGAGGCACCUGGCAAGCGGGCCCGCCGCUGCGGCGCGCGCGCGCCGGGCUGGGGCUGGCGGAGCUGGGCGGCGCGCUGUACGCGGCCGGCGGCUUCUCCGGCCGCGAGUUCCUGGCCUGCGUCGAGUGGCUGCCCGCGCCCGACGCCGAGUGGACCAUGCUGGCUGACCCGCCUGUGGUGGCGCGAACCCUGAGCGAGCCGAACCCGCCUAGCGAGUCGCCGCCGCCCGUGUGCCGUAUGCUCAGCGAGCAGCACCCGCCAGCCGGGGCCGACCGGCCAGAGGAAAAUGGACAGAACGAAGCGAGCGCGCAUAUCUAGCCAUCGUGCCGUCCUUCUCACUCCUAACGGGUGACGGAGACGC